AUGGCUGAUCUUAGAACCAUAAUCAAAUUGCUGAUCCUGGCGAGGAUGGACGCGAGAGAAGAGCAAGGAGUGGAGAGUUUCGGAAGGAUGCUAGCGAACGCAAUGCGAGCCGGUUACCCCGAUUGCAAGGGGGAGCAAAGAAGAAAGUUCUUAGGAGCCUUGACGAGAGCGGGAGCGGGCAGUCUUGUCAAAGCGGGUGAUCUGAAUAGCAACAAGGAACGAAGGACGUGCUAA